UUUUAUCCGGAUGGAAGAACUAAUUGUUGGAUUGGAUUUUGAGCGGUUGUGACGAGUAUGAGCGGAGUCCGCGUGUAUGUGGGCGGCAUCCCGAAGACCGCCGUGAACAAGGACGUUGAGGAAGCAUUCGAACGCUUCGGCAAGAUCGAUAACGUGUGGAUCGCUCGGAAUCCACCUGGGUUCGCCUUUGUGGACUUUGAGGACCCUCGCGACGCAGACGAUGCCAUCAAGGAUAUGGACGGGAAAGAAGUCAUGGGAGAGCGUGUCCGUGUGCAAUUAGCCCGCGGCGGGAUUCGCAAAGGUGGCAAGGACGACCGCGGUGGCAGCUCUCGCGACGACAGACGCCGAAGUAGCGACAGAGACCGUUCUCCUCGACGCAACGACUCUUAUGAGCGUCGUGAUCGCGAUCGCUCUCCGCCGCGUCGCGAACCUGCUCGAUCGGCGUCGUAUAAAGUCCGCAUCACCGGCCUCUCCCGAAGGGUGGACUGGCGCGACGUCAAGUCCUUCGUGCACAAAGUGGGCGACGUGACCUUUUGCGACAUGGACGGCGACGACGCGGUUGUCGAGUUGGCGACCCAGCGGGACCUGGACGACGUCGUGCGCAAACUCGAUGACACGGAGUUCGAAGGGCGCCGCAUCCGCAUCCGACCUGUCGGUUCGUCCUCUAAACGAUCUCGAUCGCCGUCACGGUCGCGCCGCCGCCGCUAUUCGUCGUCGCGCUCCCCCGUGCGCCAGCACUCGUAAAUGGUUAAGUUCCCAUCAGACUGCUUUCUUGACGGCUUGUUGUACCUAUCCAAGCUACGUUCGUGUUGGAACUCAGCACCUUCUAACGUUCCACGCCUCUAUCAUUGCCACUUCUUCGCCAUUAAUCUGCUUCGAUCUGUAUCCAAGGCACUGCACCACAUAAGCAGGGAUUACCUCUAU